UGCGCCCUUGUAGCCGCUCACCAAAAACUAGAGUCAGCAUCUCUCAACCAAUCCCUUUACCUUAGCGCACACAGCUGGAGAGAGACCUCGCGUCUAGAACAUCUCUAUCACAACAACUCAGCGAUUAAAGUUUGGAGCUGGGACAUCAUGCCAGGACUAUGACAUUAAAACAGACUAUGCUGAAGAUGUGUGCUGACCGCUCGCUGACCUGCAUUAUUUGGCUAACUAAUGCUACCGGACCUGUUCCCAUAAGCCUAACCAUGCAUCUGACACGGACCUAAUAAUCCGCGGUGGGAAUCAAGACCACUCUGGCAGCGGUGAACAAUGCAUUUGCCACAAAGACGGAGACUCAAUCGGAGUCGCAUCCUCUUCUUCCUCUCUGGUGUAUUACUGUGCUGCGUCUACACCGUGACGUUCAAGGCCCGGCUGCAGGAGCCACGGGUGGCCCGCCAGGCCGCUGCAGAGGAGCACCCUGGGACAGCACUCCCAGAGGAAGGGGGCGGUAGUGAUAGUAGUAGUGUUCUGGAGGUAGACACACGAGAGGUGGUGACCUCUAACCUCUCUAGCCUAACAGAGAGCUAUAACGAUGACGUCAUCACCAGGGCUCCUACUGUGCUGGAGGGGGAUGACGUCAUUGUGAUAACUGUCAACAGGACGGACAUUAAGCACUGUAUCUACGUAGAGGACCCUGAACCUGAGCCUCCGACUGAACCUCCUCCCACCUCCCCUCCUCCUAACACCACCACCUCCCCGGGUAUCCCUGGAGACGUCCCCCACAGGAAGGGAGAGUACCCAGAGGACCUGUUCACAGUGGACCAGAGGAGGCAGGGCUGGGUGACCCUCCACAUCCUGGGCAUGGUCUACAUGUUCGUCUCCCUCGCCAUCGUCUGUGACGAGUUCUUUGUCCCGGCGCUCGGCGUCAUCACCGUGAAGCUCGACAUCUCCGACGACGUCGCCGGGGCAACCUUCAUGGCUGCAGGAGGCUCCGCCCCCGAACUGUUCACCUCUCUGAUUGGCGUGUUCAUUUCCCAUAGCAACGUGGGCAUCGGGACAAUCGUGGGGUCAGCGGUGUUUAACAUCUUGUUUGUCAUCGGGAUGUGUGCCAUCUUCUCCAGGGAGAUGCUCCACCUCACCUGGUGGCCCCUGUUCAGAGACGUCUCCUUCUACAUCAUAGAUCUGAUCAUGCUGAUCGUAUUCUUCUUGGACAACACCAUCAUGUGGUGGGAGAGCGUAAUGCUGGUGUCGGGUUACGUGGCCUACGUCUGCUUCAUGAAGUUCAACGUGCAGAUCGAACACUUCGUCAAGAUGCAGAUCAACAAACACAAGAGCAUCGUCAAGAUCAUCAUGCCAGAGGAGGAGGAGGAGAAGGAACCCAAGAAGCAGAACAGUGGACCUCCACCACCUGAUCCACCUCAAAACAAUGUUUCACCAGAACCCAAACCACAACCUCAAGACUCACCCCAGAAGAGAGACAGAGAAAAACUGAAGGUGAAGCCCACUCUCCAGAGAGGAGGCAGUAAUGCGUCUCUCCACAACAGCACCAACAGAAACACAAUCUUCCAGCUGAUGAUCCACACACUGGACCCACUGGGAGAAGCUGGACCUGAGAAGACUGAGCAGGCCGAACCCUCGACCUCCCAGACCACACCUAAAGAAGAGGAGAAACCAGGCCCGUCAGAGACUCAGACGGACCAGGGGCCAGCGGGCGCAGGGGGGUCCGACGGCUCAGACAGCGGUGAGGAGGACGAGAGUGAAGAAGAGAGCGAGGAUGAGGAAGACGAGGAUGAUGAAGACGAAGAGGACGAAGAGGAAAAUAAAGAGGAAGAAGAGGAAGAGGGUGAAGAGAACGAGGAACCUCUGUCGUUAGAAUGGCCAGACACCAGACGUAAACAGGCCACAUAUCUUUUUCUCCUACCGAUAGUGUUUCCUCUGUGGCUCACUGUGCCCGACGUACGCAACCCGGCUUCCAGAAAAUACUUCGCCAUGACGUUUAUUGGUUCCAUCACGUGGAUCGCUGUGUUCUCCUAUCUAAUGGUCUGGUGGGCACAUCAGGUGGGUGAGACCAUAGGCAUCUCAGAGGAGAUCAUGGGCCUGACCAUCCUGGCAGCGGGCACCUCCAUCCCUGACCUCAUCACUAGUGUCAUCGUGGCCCGGAAAGGACUGGGAGACAUGGCUGUGUCCAGCUCAGUGGGAUCCAACAUCUUUGAUAUCACUAUGGGCCUGCCUGUCCCAUGGUUAAUCUUCUCGGCGAUGCAAGGCGGUGUACCGGUGGCGGUGAACUCCAACGGUCUGUUCUGUGCCAUCGUGCUCCUCUUCGUCAUGCUCCUCUUCGUCAUCGUCAGCAUCGCAGCGUGUCGGUGGAAGAUGAGCCGCGUUCUGGGCCUCACCAUGUUCAUGCUUUACUUCGUGUUCCUGGUGCUCAGCGUGAUGCUGGAAGACCGUAUUAUUAUCUGCCCGGUCUCCAUCUGAGGUCAGAGGUCAGACACACCCACUGGGGAGCCAGGCCCACCCACUGGGGAGCCAGGCCCACCCACUGAGGAGCCAGGCCCACUCACUUGGAACCCUGUCCACCCACUGGGCAGCCAGGCCCACCCACUUGGAACCCAGUCCACCCACUUGGAACCCAGUCCACCCACUGGGGAGCCAGGCCCACUCACUUGGAACCCUGUCCACCCACUGGGGAGCCAGGCCCACCCACUGGGCAGCCAGGCCCACCCACUUGGAACCCAGUCCACCCACUUGGAACCCAGUCCACCCACUGGGCAGCCAGGCCCACCCACUUGGAACCCAGUCCACCCACUUGGAACCCAGUCCACCCACUGAGGAGCCAGGCCCACUCACUUGGAACCCUGUCCACCCACUGGGCAGCCAGGCCCACCCACUUGGAACCCAGUCCACCCUCUGGGGAGCCAGGCCCACCCACUUGGAACCCUGUCCACCCACUGGGGAGCCAGGCCCACCCACUUGGAACCCAGUCCACCCACUGGGGAGCCAGGCCCACCCACUUGGAACCCUGUCCACCCACUGGGGAGCCAGGCCCACCCACUUGGAACCCUGUCCACCCACUGGGGAGCCAGGCCCACCCACUUGGAACCCAGCCCACCCACUUGGAACCCAGCCCACCCACUGGGGAGCCAGGCCCACCCACUUGGAACCCAGCCCACCCACUUGGAACCCAGCCCACCCACUGGGGAGCCAGGCCCACCCACUUGGAACCCAGUCCACCCACUGGAGAGCCAGGCCCACCCACUUGGAACCCAGUCCACCCGCUGGGGAGCCAGGCCCACCCACUUGGAACCCUGUCCACCCACUGGGGAGCCAGGCCCACCCACUUGGAACCCUGUCCACCCACUGGGGAGCCAGGCCCACCCACUUGGAACCCAGUCCACCCACUGGGGAGCCAGGCCCACCCACUUGGAACCCAGUCCACCCACUGGGGAGCCAGGCCCACCCACUUGGAACCCUGUCCACCCACUGGGCAGCCAGGCCCACCCACUUGGAACCCUGUCCACCCACUGGGGAGCCAGGCCCACCCACUUGGAACCCUGUCCACCCACUGGGCAGCCAGGCCCACCCACUUGGAACCCUGUCCACCCACUGGGCAGCCAGGCCCACCCACUUGGAACCCAGUCCACCCACUGAGGAGCCAGGCCCACCCACUUGGAACCCUGUCCAUCCACUGGGCAGCCAGGCCCACCCACUUGGAACCCUGUCCACCCACUGGGGAGCCAGGCCCACCCACUUGGAACCCAGUCCACCCACUGGGGAGCCAGGCCCACCCACUUGGAACCCAGUCCACCCACUGGGGAGCCAGGCCCACCCACUUGGAACCCAGUACACCCACUGGGGAGCCAGGCCCACCCACUUGGAACCCUGUCCACCCACUGGGCAGCCAGGCCCACCCACUUGGAACCCUGUCCACCCACUGGGGAGCCAGGCCCACCCACUUGGAACCCUGUCCACCCACUGGGCAGCCAGGCCCACCCACUUGGAACCCUGUCCACCCACUGGGCAGCCAGGCCCACCCACUUGGAACCCAGUCCACCCACUGAGGAGCCAGGCCCACCCACUUGGAACCCAGUCCACCCACUGGGCAGCCAGGCCCACCCACUUGGAACCCUGUCCACCCACUGGGCAGCCAGGCCCACCCACUUGGAACCCAGUCCACCCACUGGGGAGCCAGGCCCACCCACUUGGAACCCUGUCCACCCACUGAGGAGCCAGGCCCACCCACUUGGAACCCAGUCCACCCAACCAUUAUGUUAGCUUCAGGAACAUCUUCUUUAAAAAAAAACUAAAGAUGAAACUGAAUAUGUUGUACUGUACAGAGCAUUAUGGGUAUUGUAGUACAUCAUACUACAAUGAGGAGGGAGGGGGGAAAAAAAGAGGCGUGUCAGGAAGUCAUUUAAAUAAUAACCGCCAAACUGUAUCGUUGUCGGUCACUAACAUUCACGGUACAGAGGGGUUAGAGGUCUCCUAGUGUUGCUGUUCACAGAGGGGAUGGUGUUGUCUGUGUUGAGCCAGGUGUUGUUGAAUCAGUGGACGCCUUCAUGGUUGGACUAUGGCUGGUCUCCUUCACCAGAACUGAUGUGCAGCAGUAGAGGUUGUCUGUCCACAACAUCCUGAAGAGAGACUCAGUAAUCGUAGACGUUGUCCAGCCACACCACACACACACACACAUCCAUUUUAGUGUUCAUCCCGUGUAUAAACGUCAAUACAGUCAUUUCUUUUAAGAGUUAAAAAACAAAAACCCCGGUUUAUCAGGUGCAGAGAGGUACAGCAGCUUUGGAGUUCUUCAUGUGAAUGAUUCAGUGAUUCAGUGUCUAGAAUAGUAAUAGAAAUGUAGUUCAGUUACACGACCCCCAUAUGUAACCAUUAUGUCAUUAACUGUCAGCAUUGUAGUGUGUCAUGUGUUACGUAUGUAUGCAAUACACUUGUGUGGGUCAGAAGGAUGCAAAGAGAAUGUAUUGAUGUAUAGUAAACUAUCCAUAUGUUGUGCUUACAAUCCAUGCUGCAAUUAAAUCCUUUUUUUAAAAUCAUA